UAGAAAACUUUGUCUUUCGGUGUCAUGUGUAAUAACAGCGAUGGUAGCUUUAUCGGCGUUUUCAAACAAAAAAGUUCUAUUUUUACCAUAAGUUCACGAAUUGUAUCCAAAGAUAAUUUUAUCUAAUGUGUACUAUUCAGGCAAAUACGCAUGAUAUCGGUUCCAUCGGAGUGACACUAAUUUGCACCUACUGAAGCCGCACAAACAGCAACCUUGUGGUGGCGCUAGCUGUUGAUUAGGAUUUGUGCUAUAUUGAGGAGCUAGCCCCCAUGUUGAAAGCUUCGCACUGGAACGCUGUGUUACAUUAUACAGAACAACACCGCUGAAAAACAAGUGAAAAAACUAAUUCAGUGACUUUUGCGAUUAUUUUGCAGCCUUUAUCACAAUCCGACGCAAGCUAGUGCUUUUAGAGUUUCCGCUACCAAGAAUAAACGAUAAUGGCUGGCUCACGAGUGUACAUCGGUGGGUUGCCGCGCAGAACUCGGGAACGUGACCUGGAGAAGUUCUUCGUAGGGUACGGCAGGAUAUGUGACAUUGUAAUUAAAAACGGAUAUGGCUUCGUCGAGUUCGAGGAUAAUCGGGAUGCGGAUGAUGCUGUCUAUGAGAAGGAUGGGAAGGAUUUAUUGGGCGAAAGAGUGUCGGUGGAACCAGCCAAAGGAAGAUCCCGCGGAGGCGGUGGACGUCGCGAUUUUGAUCGCCGUGGAGGUCGCUCUGACAAGUUUAGGGAUGGAGGUCGCUUUGGCCCUCCGAAGAGAUCCAAAUAUCGUCUGAUUGUGGAAAACCUUUCAUCGCGCGUUAGCUGGCAAGAUUUGAAGGACUAUAUACGUAAGGCCGGGGAAGUAACAUUUGCCGAUGCACAGAGGCCGAGGAAGAAUGAAGGGGUUGUCGAAUUUGCUUCAAGAUCAGAUAUGGAGAGGGCGAUUACUGAAUUAAAUGAUACCGAGCUAAAUGGACGUCGAAUUCGCUUGAUAGAGGACUGCGGUGGGCGUGAGAAGCGUGGACGUUCAAGAUCGCGCUCUAACAGUCGCUCUCGAUCGCGAUCACGUCGUCGCUCUCGGUCGAAGUCCCGCCGUUCUUCACGUAGCCGUUCAGAUUCCAGAUACAGGUCCAAGUCUCCGAAGAAAUCACGUUCCCGCGACGUCUCGGAGGAACGCAACGUGAAAUCCAAAACACGCGGUGGUCGCGAUCGCAAUGGAUCCCGCUCACGCUCACGAUCGAACGAUUCCCGCGAUGGUCACCAACAGUCACAGAAGCGCGGAAACAAGUCUCGAUCCCGGUCUCGUUCAAAGUCCGAACGACGAUCACGCCAUCGAUCGGAGUCGAAGGAUAACAAACGUCGUUCCCGUUCCCGCUCGGCCGAUCAUCGUUCUCGCUCUCGUUCCGCGGAGCGUCGUUCCCACAGUCGAUCCAAAUCGAACGAGGACAAGAGACGUUCCCGCUCGGUUUCUGACUCACGUUCCCGUUCUCGAUCCAAAGCCACAAGCCCCGCUGAGUAACGCGUCCUGAAGCAGCGGCCAUUCGUCAGAAUUUGGUAAUGAGAUUGGAUUACUUAUAUAAACUAUGUGAACAAUUACUAGCAAAGUAAACAUUAAGAAAUCAAUAAACAUAAUCCAACAUAAGAUCAAUAA